AUGAAAUUAAUAGUAAGUCUAGGAAUAAUAUAUAUAAAUUUAUAUUAUACAUCUGAUUUGGAAGACUAAAUUGAUGAUGAAAAAGAUGUGAGAAAUCAUUUAGUUAAUAAUGAUUCGGAUAUCAAAGAUGAACUAGAAAAGAAGGAGUAUUUCAAAGAAGUUGUCGUAGCUAGAUUAAAUGAUGUAUAGACAUAAAUUAAAUUUAAAAAGAAAUUGAUGUGAUUGGAGAAACCUAUAUUGAUAUUUA